AGGGGAGGAGGAGGAGGAGGAGGGCAAUCCCUGCUUUUAUUUUUCUUUGCAGACGGCCGCAGUUGAGCACAAAAACAAAGUUGAAGCAGCCGAGCUGUGAGUCAACACCGGCGCUGAUGAGCUCGUGUGAAGCGGAGGAACUGGAGACUUUUAUCUAAAGAGAUUUGAGCUGGUUUAUUUUUCCCAUUGUUGGAAAAAGGGGAAGGGCUCUGCCAGGAGAAAAAACAGAAAACAAACAACCGUUUGGAAAUGAAGUUAUGCGUCAGUGAGUGCGCACUUUACGCACAGAGCGCACCAUGACACUGUGAAGUGUUGGAUCACCUCGUCUUUUAUUGUUGUUCACGUGUUUAGGUUUUAUUUCCUUUGUUGUGUCAGCUCUUCAGAACUCACUGUCAACAUGUGUCGCGGCUAAAAAACUUUAAAGCGCACGCAGAAGCCAGAGCAGGUGAACCUGAGACAGCAUGGGGGCCAAGCAGAGCAGCCCCGGAUUUGAUGGCAGAACUCGGGCUUAUUCCAGCUCCGAUCUCCCAUCUGGAAACACCAGCGGAGGGGUGCGCGUGGCCGGGUUUAGGUACACCAAUGGACCAGAUGGCCCCCGGAUCCGUUACACGGGUGGGCGGCCGACCAGCUCCGGGCUCAGUAUACCUGCGGGGUCACACGUACUCAAUCAGAGCCUGGAUGGCACAGAUGGUGACGAGGAGAGCGAGCUGCCCCCCGAGGGACACAGGCUGCUUAUUGGGUCCCUGCCAGCUCACCUGUCCCCUCACCUGCUGGGAGGGGCCAUCUUCUUCUUCAUCAUCUCACGUGGCAAAACUGUAAUAUUCCAGGUCUUCAUAUUGUCUAAUUGUCCUCAGUGCUUCCACUGUCCUCUUUGCUCCAAGUUCAUGGCGUCGGAUGAAAUAGAGAAGCACCUGCUCAUGUGUUUCAGCAAAACGCGCCUCACCUACAACAAGGACAUCCUGUCCAGAGACUCUGGGGAAUGUGCCAUCUGUUUAGAAGAGCUGGAGCAGGGAGACACCAUCGCCAGGCUGCCCUGCCUCUGUAUCUACCACAAAGGUUGUAUAGACGAGUGGUUUGAGGUGAAUCGCUCGUGUCCGGAGCAUCCCGCCAACUAGGAGCUGCAGGAGUACAGUUCAGGCUACUGUACAUCACUGUGGUCGACCGUGUGCCCUGACCUCAUCCCAACACUGUCUGUUCCGGCCGAGCGUCAGCGCUCCUCAGGGAUUGUGAGACAUUAAUGUGCACAGGAUUUUUCAUAGUGCCUCAUGGGACAGCGAUACAUUUCAGACAUGUUUAUCUCGACGUCAUGGGACGUUCAAAGAACCACUGGUGGAGUCACUGUGUCUCCAGAAAAAUAUGUGAAUGUCCUUUUUUGCCACCUGCUGGCCUGAAGUGGGUUCAUGCAACCUGUGAACUGUUGUGCUGAACAGGGUGUGGUUUUAUAGCCGUGGACUUGUAUAACCAAGACGGUGGAGAGUUACGUCUCUUCUCAGCAGAGGUUUAGACGCAGAGACUGUUGAGACUUGAUCAGAAAGCUGACGGCUGAUGUUGUGCAAUGUGAAAAACAGCCAUUCAGAAUUUAGAAAUGCCUUUUUCAGCUUUAAGGGAUGAUUUCAGUAUUGAUGGCAGGUAGGAAAUAGAUCCAAAUUUUAUUGUGAAAUUUGUUAAACAAUCAUGUGUCAUAGACCAAAUAGUCUAACGUGAAAUGGUCGGACUUUGUUAAUCACGUGUCCAUUCAGAACCACAGUAAUGUGAUUGUGUAGUUUUGUGGUGGAGUUAAAGAUAAGACAUAUCUAAUAAUGAUUCAUACUCUACGGAGUGCCAUAAUAUGCUGCUAUGUCAUAGACUGGAAUGUUGUCCUAUAACCUUUGAACCUUUGUCUGUUGUUCUUUCUACUUGUACUGUAAUAAGUUGCACAACAAUAAAUGUUUUGUCUUUG